AUGGCAGCACAGAUGGUGUCGCCCGCAGCGCUUGCCGCCCUGGAGAGCGAAGGCUGGCACGUCUCCGCGCACGCGCUGCUCGCGCUGCUCGCCGCAAAACCCCCCUCCGCGGACGGCGGCGCACCGGAUCCGCACGCCUCCGCCGCUUCCGCGUCCUCGGCGGGGCAGCCAGUUGGCGCGCGGCAGAGCGCGCCGAUGUCCGCGCAGCAGGUGCGCGCGGCGGCGCUAGACCUGGACCUGCGGCGGUUCGGCGAGGGGUGCUUCCCGGACGACGUGAAUCGCGCCGAGUACCGCCGCCUGUCGGGGAGGCUCGUCGUGCAGGCGAGUCCCCUGCCAUGCCCACUGCCCCACUGCCCCUGCAGACGAGUGCCCUCCCCUGCCCCUUCUGAGUCAGACUCAAAGGUCACCUCGGUUCGGCAAGGCGUGCUUUCCGGACGACGUGAACCGAGCCAAGCACUGCCUGCUGGGUCGACUCGUCGUGCAGGCGAGUCCCCUCCGCUUUCUUCCGAACCUCCACUUCCCUCGUCCCACUUUGCUCCCCGCACCCCCCUUGCUCCCCGCACCCCCCUUUCUCCCCGCAACCCCCUUGCUCCCCGCACCCCCCUUUCUCCCCGCACCCCCCUUUCUCCCCGCACCCCCCUUUCUCCCCGCACCCCCCUUGCUCUCCGCACCCCCCUUGCUCCCCACGCUCCCCUUGCUCCCGGCACUUAUGUUUCCUCCUCUGUUUCCGCGUGUCGGCUCAUCUGUCCAUCGCUCUGGAGUGGAGUGGUGUCAGCCGUGAACGUGUGUGAGCCCAAGGGCGGGGAGGACGCUGAGUCAGCUGCCGCCGCUGCUGACGAGGACGACCGCUGGGACGACGACAGCAAUCAGCCUGCCCCCACUGCUCCCUCUCCUGCUGCUUCCGCUGUUGGUGUGGAUGGGCUGGGAGGGCGAGGUGCUGUGGGUGGCAGUGGGGGGCGAAGGCUGCUGCGCAUUCGGGUGACGGACGGCAAGAGGAAUGCGAGUGCUGUGGAGAUGCACCCGUGCCCUCUCGUGCCGGCUGCUCUUGCUCCAGGCACCAAGCUGCUCCUCACGGCCCCCACCAUCCGCCACGGCUUCAUCCUGCUCGACCCGCAGACCGUGCAAGUGAUGGGCGGCCGUGUGGCUCCUCUCUAUGACGAGUGGGACAUGCAGCGCCGCUACUCCCUCCUCCCCGCCCUCGCCCCCACUGCCUCCUCCGCCCACUCCCGCUCCUCCCGCGCCCCCUCUGUGUCCGCCCUCGCCUCCUCUCUCCCCGGUGCCUCUGCCGGCCCGCCUCCCUUCCGCGGGGUCACGGACGCGCGCCUGCAGGCAGCUACAGCCGGCACGGCUGCCAGUAUGCCUGUCAGCGCGCCUGGUAGCGCAGUUGCCGGCACGCAUGAGUCUGGAGCAGCGGGUGGGGGGCCGGCAGGAGGGCGUGGGGGUGAUGCCAGUGCUGCCGGCUCCGCCCCUGCAGCAGCAGCGGCAGCAGCGGGAGCAGCGGGAGCAGCAGGUAGUGCAGUGAGAGAAGGGGGGGGAGGGUCGGUAGAGGCGGGGGAGGCAGGGGCAGCAGCAGAGGCAGCGAGGGAGAGGGCGGUGGAGCGGGCAAGAGUUGAGGCUGCUGCUGCUCUCAAACACGCUUCCCCACACGAUAGGAGCGCUUCCAGGAAGCUUCUGGAGAAGAUGGGGGAGGAGCCGGGGCGAGGCAGGGGCAGGCGGGGGGGGCGUGGGGGAAAGGGGAGGGGGAGGAGGGGCCGGGAGGAGGAGGAGGAUGAGGGGACGAUGACACUAGAGGAAUAUGAGGCGAGGAAGGCUAUGGGGAGGCAAGGAGGGGGACGAGGGGUGGGGGGGGUAACGGGAGGAACGGGAGGGGUGGGAGGAAUGGGAGGGAGUGGAGGGAGGGUAAAUGCAAGCAGUGAAGCACAAGUGAUGUCAGAUGAGGAACUUGCGAGGAAGCUGCAGGCGGAGUUGGAUAUGGAGGACAUGGGGGGCUUUGUACGUUGCACACCCUUUGCUCUGCUCUUCCUUGUCCCUUUCCCUAUUGCCUUUCCAUACCCACUCGCUCGUUUAUUGUUUCUCCCAACUCUCAUAUCCGCUGGUUGCAUUCUUGCCAUCUUUUCUCACUCCUGCACUCUCGUUUCACCUCCCCACUGUCGCCUCUCCAUCUCCUGCUGUCAUCCCUCCAUCUCCCACUGUCACCCCUCCAUCUCCCACUGUCACCCCUCCAUCUCCCACUGUCACCCCUCCAUCUCCCACUGUCACCCCAAUAUCUCUCAUUGUUACCCCUCCAUCUCCCACUGUCAACCCCCACCUCCUCGCCCUCCCCAGGCACACGCAGCCCACACUCCUCCGCACGCACACCACUCGCCUCCCACUGCCACGUCAGCAUCGGAGCAGCUACGCCAAUCGCUGUUCAGCUUCCAGCCGGCAGCAGAGCCCGAGGGGAGCUACGAAGGGGGAAGAGGGGGGCGGGGCAGGCGGGGGAGGAGGGGCGGAGGGUUUGGAGGUACCAGUGGCAGAUACGGGGGUAGCGGGGGAGGGAGAGGAGGCAGAGGAUGGUAA